GUCCCCUAAUGGCGGUAUGGAGUGGAACAGCCCAGUGGGCAGCGAGUGGACGACCCAAACACUGGAAGCAAAGCAACGACUACCGAACAACAUCACCGGCGUGACAGUCCAUUUGUUGGACAUUUUGUUCUCGCCGGUAAACGAUGUGACCGAGCCGACUGAGAGUUGUGCGGCCACUGUCAGGAACACAUGACAACCGAUCGCCGGAGAGAGAGAGCGGCUGCGCCAUGGCAUCCCAGCCGAGUUUAUAUGAUGAAGAGAGGAAUCGUCUCCGCCUCCAAGCUUGGGAACAGAGGAACCAAGAAACGAGCCAAGUCAAAGAACUCAGCACUGAGAGUGUCCCACUUUUUGGGGUGCCAUACAAAACAAACAAAGGUGAUGAGCUUUCUGACAGGAUCCAGAGGAUGUUGGGCAGCUAUGAAGACGUCAACAAUCCCUCUGAUCCUUCAGUUUACGUAAUCUUCACGCAGCCCAGCUCCGAAAAGCCCGGCAAACCUCCCGUCCAAGAUCAGACCCAUCACAUAUCCAGCCAAACCAAUGCGAUCCCCUCAAGUAACAGUUACCCCUUACAGGUCGGAACCGACGCCACUACUGCCCCUCCCUCUCCAAACCACCAUAGAGACUCAGUGAUGUUGCCGAAGGCUUCACUGGACCAUCCAAUAGGCCAAAAGAGGAAGGAUGAGGCUUUUUCAGAUCUCAGGGAGCACCCUAGCACUCUUCAGGAAAGGUCCGCUCAGUUUCCGGAUGUCAAGCCAUUACCUUUCCUACAUUCCAAUGAUCCCAACGGCGCCCUCGCUAAAGACACCUUUGAUUCGCAUCAAGCAUCCACAGAAGCCCCAGCCGCUGCCACCACCAUGGAUGUUUCCACAUUUAACCUCAAGCAGUCGCCAGCAGAUGCUUCCCAGAUGCAUCAGCCUGGCAAAAGCGGUAACUCCCUCCUCUCACAGAACUUCCCUCCGCUUUCCUCAUCCAAGCAGCCCAGCGUAGCCAUGACCCAGAAGCCGACGGCGUAUGUGCGGCCCAUGGACGGUCAGGACCAGGUGCUCAGUGGGUCGCCCAAGUUGAAGCCUUCACCUGAGCGGUACGUUCCACUGCAGGAGAUCCAUAAAGCCGACCAUGGCAAGACCAAAGCGUUGCCCCAAUAUUUGGAGACGAGGGCAAAUGAAGCACUGCGUGUUGAAGACAUCUUGAAGGAGAUGACUCACUCCUGGCCUCCCCUUUUGACAGCCAUACACAUCCCGAACACCGACGCACCCCCAGUCAAGGAAGCAGAGCAAGUCUCUUCAUGUCCGGGGCAGAAAAGCCAUUCCCUGUCUUCUGGAGAUCCCUCCCAUCUCAACGAGCAAAGCUCCUCACUUCCGCGCAAAGAAGCUCAAUCCAGCGGUGUGGAAUCUGCAAGUUCCAGCGACUCGGACAGUAGCUCCAGAUCCGAGUCUGACAGUGAGGAACCUUGCAGACUGCCUCUGAGCAGCUCCAAAACCGAGCCUGAUGCAGCAGCGGCGGCAUCCCAUGGCAACUGGCAGUUGGGGAACUGGAUCCGCUCCAGUCAACAGAACUCGGGCCAUGAAAGCCAAAGUUGCGCAAAUGUCUGCGAGAGUCCCGCUCACAAACCGCCGCACUCCCUUCAAAGUUCCACACACUCAACUGUGGAGACGACCGACCCCGUCUGUGAGCCGAAACCUCCAAAGGAUUUUGAUGGAAACCUUCCCAAAGUACAGCCGUGCGUCCAGAGUUCUCAGGAGAGUUUAUGCCAAAACUCCGUAGCCGAUGUGAAUGGUUGUACCAGCUCCAAGAAACAUUCAGGCGCUGCGCACAAACCAGCGAAGGAUCGCAACGUAAAAUGUGAGGACGCCGUGGUACUCCCUAUCUCAGACAAACCCAAGGUCAAAACGAAAAUGGGACGUUACAAAAAAAGCAGUGACUCUAAAAGCAGCAGUGAGAGGACUUUAAAAGCACCAGGCACACAGGCGACCGAACCCAAUCACAGGCUUGAGGUGGUCCAGGUCCAACGUGAUGGCCAUUGUCCAUCUUGUGGAACCAGACACCCCGACCCCUGCUCUUGCCGCCCGCAAAGUCCGGCCCGUCCCUUCCAACCUUCUCCUGCCCCAGCAAUGAGAACUAGUAGUAGCAAAGCCAGCGUAGAAGCCAUCUGUGAUAAAGAGGCCAAAAUGAUUCCCAAAGCUCCGCCCUCCAUAACCCACAAGUCCUGCAAGAAGUCUGGACACGAUCCCAAGCCUUCUUUGAAUGUCCACAACAGACCUGUUACAUCCCUGCUGGUAAAGAUCGACCUAAGUCUGCUUUCUAGAGUUCCCCAGGUGACACCCAAGAAUGCAGAGAGAACUUUGCACACAUCCGAACGCAAGACGGAGGCACGCAAACACCCUAAAGCCAGCAAGAAAAGUUUACCUCACAAUGUGGAGUUGGACGACAAAACUCUUCCCAGGAAGAAGCGGAAGCUGGAAAAAAAGAUGACCUCAUCCAACAAGGAGUCCUCGGUCAAAGUGGAAGGUUGCAGCACCCAAUCCGUGGAGCAGAAGGAAAAGAAGGCUAAGAAAAACAGUUUGCAUUUGCGGCCGCCCCCAAAAGCCAAAGACGCCCGUAAAGACUCCAAAGUACUCAAAGUGUCUGGCGUAGAGACUCGCAAGGACGCCCCGAAGAGCAAAGACUCAUGCAAGCACAAGAGCAGCCGAACAAAGCACACGCCACAGCAGAAGAAGCCAUCUAUACAGGCCCCCAAGCAACGACCCCCCAGGCCCCUGCUCCAGUCUGAGGACAGGAAGUAUCCAGUGAAGCACUACAUCAAGGAGGCCAAAAGGCUGAAGCACAAAGCGGAUUCAGAGUCGGAUAAGCUCAGCAAAGCCUUCAACUACCUUGACGCCGCCAUGUUUUUUGUGGAGAGCGGCAUCGCCAUGGAAAAGGACCCCCGGAUAUCGACGUCUUCCUACACCAUGUUUGCGGAGACCGUGGAGCUCCUCAAGUUCGUGCUGAAACUUAAAAACUCAUCGGACCCAUGUGCCCCACCCUCAGAGAAGGACUUUGUGGCAUUAUGUUUGAAGUGCCAGGCUCUCCUGCAGAUGGCGAUGUUUCGCCACAAGCACAAAACUGCGCUCAAGUACUCCAAGACGCUGACUGACCACUUCAACAACUCCACACUUGACGUCUCCGUCUGCACCACAAAAGGUCCAGACACCCCGUCGUCCCCCAUGGCCAGCAUCCCUUCCCCAGCCUGCGGCGCCAACAAACACGGUGGGUCGGCAGCGGGGCCCGCCAUGGCGGUCCCUCUCGCAGUCCAGCAGGUGGCGCUGUCCUACGUCAACAUCACGACGUUAGUCCUGAGCGCUCACGACCUCUGGGAGCAGGCGGAAGAGAUGGCGAGCAAAGGAAGCGGGGUUCUCGCAGAGCUGGACGCCCUCGUGGGCCCCGUGAGUCUUACUUCCUGUGUCAGUGCCAUGGUGCGUUACACCAGACAGGGUAUGUUGUGGCUGCGGACGGACAGCCAAAAGAACUAACCAAUGGCUGCUAAGGUACAAACACCCACAACCCCCACCCCCAGUGGGUCACCUGCUGGUGAUGAACUGUAGAGGUCAUAAACUUGAUUAUAUCCCCUAAUUGCACUAAAGCAGGGCUGAAGUCAUAGAAAGCUUUUACAAUCAGGCUACAAUGAUCAUCAUUGGUUUGUACUGCUCGGACACACGUUUAUCAGGAACUUUAGCACCAGAUUGUUUUAUCACAAAUAGUGAGGAACGCUGCAACUAACAUUUCAGUCAAGCACAUGUUUCAUUUUUAAAGCAAAAUCAUGCACGCUUUUUCCUUCUUUCCAAAGUUCUCCUCUUCUUCACGAAUAGGAGAGUUUUGCUCAUCUGGGUGCCAAUCAUGUUUGUCAGGACUUUUUUCUUUUUAUUUAUUGCGGUUUUCCUUUUUUUUUUGUUU